CCACUGCUAGUCCCGCCGCCCCGGCCCGGGGCUGCUCCGGCCGCGGGGAGCCCGAGCCCCGGGAUCGGCGGCGGCAUGAAAGUGACCGUGUGCUUCGGGCGGACCCGGGUGGUCGUGCCGUGCGGCGACGGCCACAUGAAAGUUUUCAGCCUCAUCCAGCAGGCGGUGACCCGCUACCGAAAGGCCAUCGCCAAGGAUCCAAACUACUGGAUACAGGUGCACCGACUGGAACACCGCGAUGGGGGAAUACUUGACCUUGAUGACAUCCUGUGUGAUGUGGCAGAUGAUAAAGACAGACUGGUAGCUGUGUUUGAUGAGCAAGAUCCACACCAUGGAGGGGACGGCACCAGUGCCAGUUCCACAGGCACGCAGAGUCCAGAGAUCUUUGGCAGUGAGCUUGGUCCCAACAAUGUUUCAGCCUUUCAGCCUUAUCAAGCAACAAGUGAAAUUGAGGUCACACCUUCAGUCCUUCGAGCAAAUAUGCCUCUUCAUGUCCGACGGAGCAGUGAUCCAGCUUUAAUUGGCCUUUCUACAUCUAUCAGUGAUAAUAACUUUUCCUCAGAAGAACCUUCACGGAAAAACCCCACACGCUGGUCAACAACAGCUGGUUUUCUCAAGCAAAACACUGCCGGUAGCCCGAAAACCUCCGACAGGAAGAAAGAUGAAAACUACAGAAGCCUUCCACGGGAUACCAGUAACUGGUCGAACCAAUUUCAGAGAGACAAUGCUCGCUCAUCUUUGAGUGCCAGUCACCCAAUGGUGGACAAGUGGCUGGAGAAGCAAGAACAGGAUGAAGAUGGGACAGAAGAAGAAAACAGCCGUGUUGAACCCGUUGGACAUGCUGACACUGGUUUGGAGAACAUACCCAACUUUUCUCUGGAUGCUAUGGUAAAGCUCGUACAAGUCCUCAACGAUGGAGGGCCUCUGGGGAUCCAUGUAGUGCCUUUCAGUGCUCGAGGCGGCAGAACCCUGGGGUUAUUAGUAAAACGAUUGGAGAAAGGUGGUAAAGCUGAACAAGAAGGCCUUUUUCAUGAGAAUGAUUGCAUUGUCAGGAUUAAUGAUGGCGACCUUCGAAAUAGAAGAUUUGAACAAGCACAACAUAUGUUUCGCCAAGCCAUGCGUACGCCCAUCAUUUGGUUCCAUGUGGUUCCUGCAGCAAAUAAAGAGCAGUAUGAACAACUAUCCCAAAGUGAGAAGAACAAUUACUAUUCCAGCCGCUUCAACCCUGACAGCCAAUAUAUUGAUAGUAGGGGUGUGACUAGCCCAGGGCUGCAGACACUGCCUAGAGCACCAAGACUGAGCCAUCCAGCAGAGCAGAUAGACUCUAACUCCAGGCUACUACCUCAGAGCACCCAGCCCUGCGGGAAACCACCCACAGCUCCUGCUCCGGCGCCACAAAAUGUAUUUACUGCAAAUGUGAGCAGUGGCUAUAACACCAAAAGAAUAGGCAAGAAGCUUAAUAUCCAGCUUAAGAAAGGAACCGAAGGUUUGGGAUUCAGUAUCACUUCUCGAGAUGUAACAAUAGGUGGCUCAGCUCCAAUCUAUGUAAAAAACAUUCUUCCAAGAGGUGCUGCUAUUCAAGAUGGCAGACUCAAGGCAGGGGAUAGACUAAUUGAGGUAAAUGGAGUAGAUUUAGCAGGCAAAUCCCAAGAGGAAGUUGUUUCCCUGUUGAGAAGCACCAAGAUGGAAGGGACUGUGAGCCUUCUGGUCUUUCGCCAAGAAGAUGCCUUUCACCCGAGGGAACUGAGUACAGAGCCAAGCCAGAUGCAGAUUCCAAAAGAAACGAAAGCAGAAGAUGAAGAUAUUGUUCUCACACCUGAUGGCACCAGGGAAUUUCUGACAUUUGAAGUUCCACUUAAUGACUCGGGAUCAGCAGGUCUUGGUGUCAGUGUCAAAGGGAAUCGGUCCAAAGAGAACCAUGCAGAUUUGGGAAUCUUUGUCAAGUCCAUUAUUAAUGGUGGAGCAGCAUCUAAAGAUGGAAGGCUUCGGGUGAAUGAUCAACUGAUAGCAGUAAAUGGAGAAUCCCUGUUGGGCAAGACAAACCAAGAUGCCAUGGAAACCCUCCGAAGGUCUAUGUCUACUGAAGGGAACAAACGAGGAAUGAUCCAGCUUAUUGUUGCAAGACGAAUAAGCAAGUGCAAUGAGCCGAAGUCACCUGGAAGCCCCUCUGGUCCAGAGCUGCCCAUUGAAAGCAUGUUGGAUGAUAGAGAACGAAGAAUUUCCCAUUCGCUCUACAGUGGAAUCGAGGGACUUGAUGAAUCUCCCUCAAGAAAUGCUGCACUCAGUAGGAUAAUGGGUGAGUCAGGUAAAUACCAGCUAUCCCCCACAGUGAACAUGCCCCAGGAUGAUACUGUCAUUAUUGAAGAUGACAGGCUACCAGUGCUUCCUCCUCAUCUCUCUGAUCAGUCCUCUUCGAGUUCCCAUGAUGAUGUUGGAUUCGUGACCACAGAUGGCACCUGGGCUAAGGCCACUAUCACUGACUCAGCAGACUGCUCUUUGAGUCCAGAUGUUGAUCCAGUUCUUGCUUUUCAACGGGAAGGAUUUGGACGUCAGAGUAUGUCAGAAAAACGCACAAAGCAAUUUUCAGAUGCCAGUCAAUUGGAUUUCGUUAAAACGAGAAAAUCAAAAAGCAUGGAUUUAGGUAUAGCUGACGAGACUAAACUCAAUACAGUGGAUGACCAGAAAGCAGGUUCCCCCAGUAGAGAUGUGGGACCUUCACUAGGUCUGAAGAAGUCCAGUUCCUUAGAGAGUUUGCAGACAGCAGUGGCUGAGGUGACUUUAAAUGGGGAUAUUCCUUUCCAUCGCCCACGGCCACGGAUUAUUCGAGGAAGAGGAUGCAACGAGAGUUUCCGAGCUGCCAUUGACAAGUCUUAUGACAAACCAGUAGUAGAUGAUGAUGAUGAGGGCAUGGAGACAUUGGAAGAAGACACAGAAGAAAGUUCAAGAUCAGGGAGAGAAUCUGUGUCCACAGCCAGUGAUCAGCCUUCACAUUCUCUGGAGAGACAAAUGAAUGGAAACCAAGAGAAGACUGAUAGGAGAAAAGACAAAAUAGGAAAAGAGAAGAAAAAAGAUAGAGAUAAGGAAAAGGAAAAGAUAAAGGCCAAGAAGGGCAUGCUGAAAGGCUUGGGAGACAUGUUCAGGUUUGGCAAACAUCGCAAAGAUGACAAGAUUGAGAGAACGGGUAAAAUAAAAACGCAGGACUCCCUUACAUCAGAAGAGGAGAGAAUACGUAUGAAGCAGGAGCAGGAGAGGAUUCAAGCCAAAACUCGAGAAUUUAGAGAGAGACAAGCUCGUGAGCGGGACUAUGCUGAAAUUCAAGAUUUUCAUCGGACAUUUCCCUGCGAUGAUGAGUUGAGAUACAGGGGAAUUUCUUCCUUUGAAGGUUCCUUGACUCUCAAUGCUAGACCUCAGAGCCCAAGAGAAGAGCACAUGAUGGAUGCCUUGUAUGCCCAAGUAAAGAAGCCACGGAACUCCAAACCUUCACCUGUGGACAGCAACAGAUCAACGCCUAGCAACCAUGAUCGGAUACAGCGUUUACGACAAGAAUUUCAGCAAGCAAAGCAGGACGAAGAUGUAGAAGACAGGAGGCGUACUUAUAGCUUUGAACAACCCUGGCCCAAUUCGAGAACAGUGGCGCCCAGCGGCAGACACUCUGUGUCGGUGGAGAUGCAGAUGCAGCGGCAGCGACAGGAGGAACGCGAGAGCUUCCAGCAGGCCCAGCGCCAGUACAGCUCCUUGCCCAGGCAAAGUAGGAAAAAUGCCAGUUCCAUCUCACAGGAUUCGUGGGAGCAGAACUAUUCCCCAGGGGAAGGUUUUCAGAGUGCCAAGGAGAACCCCAGAUACUCCAGCUACCAAGGCUCCAGAAAUGGCUACCUGGGCGGGCAUGGAUUUAAUGCCCGAGUGAUGCUGGAAACCCAAGAGCUUCUUCGCCAGGAACAGAGGCGGAAAGAGCAACAGAUGAAGAAGCAGCCUCCUGCUGAGGGCCUCAGCAACUAUGACUCGUAUAAGAAAGGCCAGGACCCCAGUUACACACCCCCCAAAGGACCCUUCCGGCAGGACGUCCCCCCAUCCCCUUCUCAGGUCGCCAGGCUGAAUAGACUCCAGACGCCUGAGAAAGGAAGACACUUCUAUUCCUGAGCCAGAGAAGAAUAGACAUUUCUUGCCAUGCAAUAAAGGACAUUUUCCUAUGAAGACUUGUAUUUUGGGAGUUUUUUUUUUUAAAAACAACAACAAUAACUUCAACAACAACAACAACAACAAAAAGCCCUUGAUGGUUCUGUGGAAUAUUUCUGUUGUUGGUAUCAGUGCCUUUAUGCAGUAUGGGAGGCCUUAAUGUCUUAGCCACUAUGUUGCUAUGUGUCUAUUUCUUAGAAGGAUUUUUCACCCUCUGACAAUCAUCUGUUUGAGUCUUUCUUAGACUCUGUCUCUCUGAAGUACCAGAAAUUUCAGCCUCAUUUAUGAUUUGCCCAUAAUUUUUGUGAUACAAUCCUACACACAACUUGUGAUGAAUUGGUUGAAAGUGUCCAUGAUGUGAUCCUUUAAUCUCUCACCAUCCCCCCCCACAAAAAUUUUAGAUACAUGACAACAUCUCAAUCUCUGAUGGAUGGAAGCAAUGGCAUUGACCAGAAAUGGGGUUUUAUGAAAGGCAAUUUCAAUCUAGCCCUAGAUAGUGCUUUGUAUUCAAUAUGAUUUUUCUUUUCAUCCUCAGCUCCUUAUAACAGAAAGUUCCUACAUCCUGUUGAAGUAGAGAAGCCAUAUUCUACUUGUCUGAUUAUCAUGGGAAUCUUUUUUUUUGUAACUGCCUUAUAAAUUAACACUACCCAGGAAAUGGUCAUUUUCAUUUGUGUUUAUAAAUAUACUUGUCACGUUCCCAACUCAUGCCCUAGUUCUACCUGGAGAGCAUAGGGGAUGGGGGUGGAGGGCAACCCCUGGUGGGGGAAGGCUUGGGUUUAUCUACUGGCUCUGUGCUUGUCUUCAUAUGGGAGAUGGCAGCUAAGAGAAGAAUUCUCCCCAAAUGAGCUUCUGGCCCUUUGCAUUCCCAAAAUUAUCUUAAUUAGUUUUCAUUUGGCAGGUUGGCAGGAAGGGCAUUACAUGGGACAAAGAGAAAUCAGGCCUGCAUAUAUGGAAUCUAAAAUUCAUCUGUUUCCUACAGUUUUUCAAGUUGGUGGGUUUUUUUUUCUAUGUACAUCCACAUACUCUGGAUAUAUGUGACACAUACUCUGUCUCUGCCUUAUGAUGCCAUCCAUACUACUUAUUAAUUCUGCCCAAAACCCCAAAGAAGGGAAAAGCUGUGGCACAUCAUACAGAGACCAUUCUUGUCUACCCAACCAUAGGGACAAAAGAUUUCUCUUGCAUUGCUAUUUGAUUAUUUGUGCCCCUAGGUUGUAACCAUGUUCCCAUCUGUGGCUCUGAAUGUCAUGCACUGUAAACCAUGGCUGGACUGCUAAAGUGCCUGCAAAUCCUGUGAAAAAGCUUGAGAUGCAAGCUCAGCAUACCUUGUAUUAACAAAACAGGAAGAAAAAAAAAAGAGAAAAACUUGUAAUGAUAAUGCCUAUUUUUUUUAUACUGGCACAUCAUAUUUUUUGUGUCCACUUGUUUUUUAAAAAUGUGAUGUGUUCAUAUACAUCCCUUUGUUUUGGCAUUUCUGUGUAAUGGUUCUGUUUGUUCCAUAGUGAAGUGGUGUUUCAUUGGUGUUCACAGUGUAAGCGUAGUGACCGUGGUUGAUCAUGGCGCUUUCUUGUGUCCUUCCCUAAGCUGUGAAAAGCAGCUUCCCUGUACAUAUGAGACUUCUAAUAAAAGGCAUAUUUCUCCCUGUU